AUGCCACCAUGCCUUAAGAUAUAUGACGGUACCACCGAUCCAGAAGAGCAUAUCAUCCACUACGUCACAGCUGUAAAAGGUAAUGAUCUUUCGAAAGAACAUGUACCAUUGGUGCUACUGAAAAAGUUCGGCGAAACCCUAAUGGGAGGAGCCCUGAUCUGGUACUCCCAACUACCGGCACGUUUGAUAGCAACGUUCGAAGAAAUAGCAGAAGAGUUUGUCACCGCCCAUGCAUGGGCCAAAAAGGUAGAAGCUAGAGUAAACGACAUAUUUACCAUUAGGCAGAUGCACGACGAGGGACUCAAGGACUUCUUAGCUCGGUUCAAUAGGGUAAGAAUUAUCUUGCCAAAUGUGUCAGAGGGAAUGGCGGUAGCAACCUUACAGAACGGACUAAACAGGAACGGGUCGAGAGUGACCAGAAAAUUGUUAAGCAGGCUCAUAAAAUACCCUCCAACCACUUGGGAAGAAAUCUGUAACGCCUACUGCCCCGAGGUAAGAGCCGACGAGGACGACCUCAACGAAAUAGUGUACAUACUAGAGAAACUCGGUACAAAGGUACAAUGGCCGCAAAAGAUGAAGCCAGACCCAAGCCCCCGAAAGUCUAACGCUCUCUGCAAAUUCCACCAGGAAAGGGGUCACAAAACCGAAGAUUGCAUUGGACUGCGGCAGGAGGUAGUGAGAAUGCUAAAUCAGGGACACCUAAAAGAAUUGCUGAGCGAUCGAGGACGGGCUAACUUUGCCCGCGGACGCGAACAAUCCCAGGGACCUCCAAAACUGCCUUCUCCCCCUCGCACUAUAUAG